CUGACAGCCGCGAUGUUCAGUCUCGUUAUGGCGUCUUACCGGACCUGAAUGGGAUUUUUUUGCCUUCCCAUGCAUUGGAAUUUACCAGGUGUGAACAGCGACCACCGUUUUUAGAAAUCUUUUUUUCCCGCUAUUUCUAAAAAUUUUCAAUGUAAAUGGAGGAAGAAGACAGCCUGUCGGUGGCGGUGCCGGACCCCGCUCCGGACCAAAAAAAACAAGGUGGUGCCGAAAACAGCGGGGCUUCGCUGUGCGCCGAGCCCAGCGCGACGGGACCGAGCAGAGCGGCGGGUCGAGCCGACCUCUCCGCACCGAGCGGCCGCGGCGCUGCGGGGAUCCGGGUGCUAAAGCGUAACAUGAAACGGAAUGGCAGCCAGGGCUGCGUGACCCGCAAGAACCGCUUCGGGUCCAGGGAGCGGGACUGGCUGAAAGGCGGAGCUCAGCGUGGCUGCGUCUGCCUGUAUGGACCCGGCGAGGCCCAGCCAGCCUCAUCCACGCAGCCGGACCUCAGACUGGUGCUCUGUUCCACCAGUACCACGGCAGAAGAGCUGUGCAGUCAGGGGAAUGCUCAGAGUCUGUACCUGCAGCUCCAUGGAGACCUGCUCAGGAGGCUGGACCCCACUGAGAGGCCCCUCCAGAUGGUGUACGACUACCUGGGGGCCAUUGGAUACAUGGACCCCCUGCGCAUCCAGAGGGAAGCCGCCAACUCGGACCUCAGCUGCAUGAUUCGCUUCUACAGCGAGAAGCCACAGAGUGCCGACCAGAUGGAGCGCACGCUGUUGAAGGGCGUGUUCAGCGUGCGCAAGGGCAAGACGCAGCUGCACAAGUGGGCGGAGCGACAGGUGAUCCUGUGUGGCACCUGCCUCAUCGUGGCCUCCGUCAAGGACAGCCUCACGGGCAAGAUGCACAUUCUGCCCCUGGUGGGGGGGAAGGUGGAGGACGUGCGGCGAAGGCAGCACUGUUUGAUGUUCAGCUCGGCUGGACCCCAGGCCCAGACCUACUACGUCAGCUUCGACACCUUAGCUGAAUAUCUCCGAUGGCAGCGGCAGGCUUCAAAGGUGGUCUCGCAGACCAUGAGCCUGGUGGACCUCUCCUGUUACAGCUUGGAGGAGGUACCUGAGUACCUCUUCUACAGCCAGGAUGUCACGCAUCUCAACCUGCGCCACAACUUCAUGAGGCUCGAGGGCCCUGGGGGGCUGCAUCAGCUCAAGAGGUUCUCACAGCUGAAGAGCCUAAACCUCUCCCACAAUCGCCUGGGCACCUUCCCGGACUCUGUAUGUGACAUCCCGUCCCUGACCGAGCUGAACCUGUCCUGUAACGGGCUCCAGACGGUUCCGGCCCAUAUAGGCAACCUGCAGAGCCUGCAGACACUCUCCCUGGAUGGGAAUCACCUGGACUCCCUCCCCGAGGAGCUGGGUGGCCUGACACAGCUCUGCAGCCUGGGCCUCUCCUUCAACAACUUCUCGGUCAUCCCUGGCGUGGUGGAGAGGCUGACGGGCGUCGAUAGGCUGGCUUUGGCUGGGAACUGCAUAGAGACGCUAGAGCUGGCCAGUCUGGGCCGCAUGGACCACCUGCGCAGCAUUGACCUUCGGUUGAAUGGGCUGUGUGGGGUCCAGAGCGGGGGCCCUGAUGCACUAAAGCUCGUAACACACAUGGAUCUGCGGGACAACCACCUGUCCUCACUGGACCUGAGUUCUGCCUGCAAUCUGGAGACGCUGCACUGCCAGCACAACCAGCUGGGGGCGCUCACGUUGAGUGGCUUCGCCUUGCGUUCUCUCUAUGCCAGCGGGAACCGCCUCUCCACGCUGAAUAUCUACCCCAUCCCCAACCAGCUGACGCACAUGGACCUAUCACGGAACCUGCUGGAAUACCUGCCGGACUGGGUGUGCGACACACGCAAACUGGAGGUGCUGGAUGUCACUCACAACCUGCUGGCAGAGCUGCCCGGCAGGCUCCUCGGCAGCCUCAGUCUAAGGAGGCUCAUGGCUGGCUGCAACCGGCUACAGCGGCUGCCUGACCUACUUGACCACAUCCCCCUGGAGGCGCUAGACUUGCAGCACAAUAAGCUGACCGAGCUCCCCGAGAACUUCUUCUAUAAGGCCUUAAACCUGAGAUACCUGAACUUGUCUGCCAACUGUCUGGAGACCAUCCCCCCAAGCAGCCAAUCAGAGGAGAGCCUCAGCACACUCCAGGAGCUCUACCUCACAGGCAAUAACCUGAACGAGCAGUGUGCCGCCCUGCUGGUGGGGCACCAGAACCUGCGUGUGCUACACAUGGCUUACAACCAGCUGCUCUCCUUCCCAGCAAGCAAGCUGAGCAAGCUGGAGCUGCUGGAGGAGCUGAACCUGAGCGGGAACAAGCUGAAGAGCAUACCGUCCACUGUGUCCAGCUGCAAAAGACUGCACACCCUCAUUGCACACUCCAACCACAUCAGUGUGUUCCCCGAGAUCCUCUGUCUCCCGGAGGUCAAGCUGGCUGACCUGAGCUGUAACGAGCUCACUGAGAUCCUGCUGCCCGACUCCCUGCCCCCCACCCUGCAGGAACUGGACCUCACGGGCAACAGCAACCUCAUGCUUGAGCACAAGACCCUCAACCUCUUCAGCCACAUCACCACUCUGAAGUUAGACCAGAAGUCGGCCACGAACACCGGCGACGCCCCCGUGACGUCCAGCCUUUGGAGCCACUGCUACGCCGAAAUGAGCGGCCAGAGGAACAAGCUUUGCGUGUCGGUCCUUGCCAUGGACCGCUUUGGCGACAGCACGGAGGCGGUGUACGGCAUCUUUGAUGGCGACCGCAACGAAGAGGUGCCGCGCCUACUGCAGUGCACCAUGGGAGACGUGUUGUCAGAGGAGGUCCAGCACUCUGGAGUGGACAGCGUGUACAUGUGCAACACCUUCCUCGCGUCACACCGGAAGCUGGGGAUGGCUGGCCAGAAGCUGGGGGCCUCCGCAUUGCUCUGCUACAUCCACCACGAGGCCUCGGACCCUGGCGGCUACUUCAGCCUCACCCUGGCCAAUGUGGGCACCUGCCAAGCCCUGCUGUGCCGGGACAGACGGCCCCUGGUGCUCUCCAAGGUGUUCAGCCUGGAGCAGAGCGCCGAGGAGACAGACCGGGUCAAGCGGAGCAAAGCCAUAAUCACUGAAGACAACAAGGUGAGCGGCGUGACCUGUUGCUCCCGCCUGCUCGGCUGCUCCUACCUCUUCCCUUGGGUGCUGCCCAAGCCUUGGGUACGCACGGAACCGCUGUGUACCCAGGAUGAGUUCCUGAUCCUGGGCAACCGGGCGCUCUUCGAGAGGGUGUCCUACGAGGAGGCAGUGGGCACCGUGCUGGCUGUGCGAGACCCCCGCGCUGCCGCCAAGAGGCUGUGCACGCUGGCACAGAGCUACGGUUGUCGGGACAACGUGGGAGCGGUGGUGGUGGCCCUCAAUGUCGGGGAGGACAGCUGCACCUGCGAGCUGCCCAUCGCCCCCGGGGAGGGCAAGCCUGGGUCUGGGGGAGGAGUCGGGGGGGCAUUGCCUAUUACCGUGCCCCCCGGGGACCCGGCCACGCCCUCGUCCAGCAGUGGCAUUGCUUCUGAGUUCAACAGUGAGAUGUCGGCUUCGGAGGUUGGCAGUGAAGCAGGCUCCACAGCAUCCGAUGAGAAUCCCUCAUCAGGCCCCGCCUCCCGGCCUGAGCGACGAUGCAGCCUGCACCCAGCUGCCACUGUUUGUGGCCCCACCGCUACCCACCCAAGCCUCUUCCAGCGCCAACCCUCCAGCGCCACCUUCUCCAGCAACCAAUCUGACAAUGGGCUUGACAGUGAUGACGAGGUGCCACUAGAGGGCGUCAUUUCCAAUGGCAGCAAGCUGGAGGUGGAGGUCGACAUCCACUGCUGCGCCUUCCAGAUCCGCUCGGCGGGGCGUGACGAUGAGGAGCAGGGGCCGCCCCACGACCAGCGCGGCUCCGCCUUCUCCAAUGGGGGCUUCAGUGACAAGCUGCGGCAGCAAAGCAGUGUGGUGGUGUCAGCCACCAACGGCUGCCUGUUGGCUGUGUGCGGCAGGGAGAUCUCAGAGUUGAAGAAGUCCCCGUCCACCUCCAGCCUCUUUGGGAAGAAGCUGUCCAAUGGCUCUGUGGUGGCUCUGGAGGACAGUCACAAUCUCAUCGAGGUGGCUCUGGAAGCCCCCAAAAAGAAAUCGGGCUACUUCUCCGCUCCUGCCCAGCAGGACCCCGAGGACCAGCUGGUGGUGCCCCUGAACCUGAAGCAGGACGUCUGGGAGCAGCUCAGGGGGCAAAAUGCUGUGGUCCCGGGACCCCCUCCCCCAACGUUGCCCCCCUUGCCCACCAGAGAGCCUGACUGGGAGACUCCCCACCCCCCCCAGCUGUGCCCCCAGGACCUCGGCCCCACUGCUGCCGUUCAGCAGGAGGUAUAUGACACUGCGCUAUAGAGGUCCGUGUGCCGCUGUGUCACCAGGGAUGCCGCGCUUCUCUCGGCCGGGUCUCCGUGGCACCUGUGGCAUCUUCCAGUUUGAGUGAUCACAUGGUCAGUACGGGGUCCUGCUUGCAUAACCAUGGUAAUGUUAGGCCAUUGCCAGAACGGAUGCAUUUUGUGUGGUCCUGACUGUUUGUUUUUGCGGUCAGUGUGACCAGCUGAAAAAUACUGUCGUUGAGUGAGGCGUGCAGUCGCUGCGGGUGGGGUGGAUGAGGGACGGACGUGGCCAAAAUGCGCGCUUAGACUGGAAUACCUCAGAACACUGCAAAAAGCGGAUUCUCCGUGUCCCUUUACACAUGUGGCAACAUGGCCUCAAUUCCUUGCCGGCGUGUAUUUCUCAUCGCACAGAUCCUCCCGUCCGAAAUGAUCCCGAGGUUCGUCGGUGAAGGUAGUAGUGCCGCAGUGAAAAAAACAAGGGUUAAAACAGAAUUUUUUAAAAAGUGCCUAUUGUAGGAGGAGACAGUGCCCCCUAAAGGGCAGUAGUGGGACUGUCGCAGGGUGUGCCUGGCCUCUUGUCUAGCUAGCAGCUCUGUGGCUUUUCUUUGCUGUGGAUGGGGCAGGGCGACAUUUGUGGUUUAUAGGUUGUCUGGGUUUUAAGAAAGCCAUUGGAAGUUGCAGCUUUAGAGAAACACGGUUCCCUUCAGGUUGGUUUUCGAGUUGCUGGAUGGUAAAGCACCUCCUUUUCUAUUAACUUUUUUUAUUUUAUUUUUUUUGGGGAGGGGGGAGGGGUUGAUGAGCACCUGUCUGUGUCUGCUGAUUGGUUAUUAGGCUGGAGCGGGUAGACGUGGCCCUCGGGGGAAGCACGGGGCGCCGAGACGCCCGCUGGCCUUGCAGUUUCACACCUCGCCGAGGUUUAUUAUGCAUUCCAAGCGCCGUUUUGUAAAAGCCGGUCGCUUUACCGAGACCAGAAAAAAACGGCUAGGGGAUGGGGUUCACAUAUGCAGCCAUGAGAUAGUGUGCAGGCCAAGCUUAGCUUACGCUGUAGUGACGCUCCAAGGCUGAGCAGCGGGGACUAUGUGACAGCGGCGAUUUGACGCCACAUCUCAUACUUUUAUUUUUAUUGCCGCUACGGGGCGAGGGCGAGGAUCUGCUUCCUUCACUGUGCUCGUACCUCAAGGGAAUCAAGACGAAGUCUGGUCUCCCGGGAAGCCUGUGGUGGAGACUCUGAAAUCCAGCGCUGGUGCUCGUAAAUGGGCGGCACUGGGAAUCCUGGGGGUCAGCGCCGUGCCAAAGCGGGUGCGCACCCGAGUUUCAUAGACAGGCAUCUGCGUCCGGCAGCAAAAACCCAUAACAAAAAGCAUUUAACAUUAUAUUUUUCAUAUUGAUUGGAGAAUUUAAUUGAUUAUGUGAGUAAUCGUGGAAAUUGUAUGUAUGGUACCAAGAUGACUAUUUUAGCCAUGAUGUAUGUAUAUUUUGUUAGGGCAGAUUUGUUUCCGUGCGCUUUAUUUUUAACAGGGGAAAGAGACGGGACAGGUCUGCGUAUGCACCGAUAAAGGAGAAAUACUGCGAGAGACGUUAAUGAUAAAACGUAUUGUAGGAUUGCACUUUAUAACCCUGUCGGUUAUAUUUAUCUCAGUAAUAAUUUACACUGUCUAUAUCCAUAGAGGUAAAGGCUCCGGAAUGAUUAUGAUUUUGAAGCGAGAAGGGGAAGGAUUGAAUUGUGGCUCAGGGGGGCCAUCUAGAGGCCGGGCUCGGAACUGCGGCCUGUGAAUGCGUGCCUGAAAUGUCCCUGUUCCUCAUUAAAUAAUCUUGCACUUUCAUUAUGUGACGCGCUGAACGUCGCAAUGGUCUCCGCAAGCUUGCAUUAAGCGGGACUUGAAGUAACACGUGUCAUAUAUCGGCCCGCUGGCCGGCGAGCGCAUCAGAUCAAAGGCGGGCAGCGGAGAGCCAUUUGUCUCUUCGCUAUUGGAAGAACUCACAGCUAAUCAUUUGUUUAAUCUAAUUCAGGUAAAAUGUAGUACUAUCGGUCAGCAUUAAAUCUGGUGAUUUUUUUUUCGUGGUUGUUCAUCACUGCAUUCUUGAGAAUGCUCCAAAAGUUACCCAGGGACGCGCGCUUAUGCCCCCACCCCCCGUUUUUGCGGUCCACGGUGGAGCCCAAAACACGUGUCUUUGGAUGGGGGGAGGGGGCUCUUCACGCGUUAAGACUGUUUUUGAUUGUAGCUUGACAUGAUGGUACAUGGGUAUGUGCAAUGAUAUUGAAAAACCCGCUGUCAUGCACGGCUCAAGGGGAGAUGGGCUUGUGCUGUGCCGGAAUCGGCCGUUCUGCUAUCUCAGCACCGGUCUGUGUAUUGUGUGAGUGCGUGUAUGUGUGUGUAUGAACCGUGUGCACUGUGGAACAGGCAUGUUGUGGGGCGCUGUUUGCCUACGAUAUUCUGUCAGUGUCUGUGCCAUAUCCCAGCCACCCAGGUGAUUCUGCUACUGGUUCCGUGCUUCUCUCACAAUAGCGGUGUUUUGAACAGCAGUGAAUUGCAGUGACCAUAGUAUUGUGUAGGAAGAGAUGAGGUGGAAAAAAAAAUAACAUUGGUAUGAUGAAAAUGAUCCCAUGCUCUCUACACGAAGAGUGCUUCACUAUCAAAUUACACUCAAACAAAAAGGUAACGCAUUGUUUGAGAAAUUCACUGCAAAAAACUUUAGUUAAAUGUUCUCCUUCCUACACGCCUCCAGAGCUAACUCUGCCCUCUCUGUGCCAAACAAAAGCUUUCUUAUUAGGGGCAGCCUGCUUUUCUGUUCCUAAGUGACCGUGCAAGGGUUUGGUGUGUAUUGUACAUGUUGCGUGUAUGUACUCAUCUGUAGGAAUGAAGAUCUGUAUGUUGUGUGAUGUUAAAAAACAACACUGUCUGUGUACUGGGAGUCCCACUGGAACUCCUUGAUGCCACCACAUCGCACAUGCGCUGCCAUAGCAACGUGAUAAGGUGACAUGACAUUUCCCCGUGGCCUUACACUGAUCAAGGGCUAUGCUGCACCCUCAGUGGGAUUGUGGAUAGAGGGGGCGUGCAUUUUGCAUUUCAUAUCGCGGUGUUUCACAUCCGUGUUUCACACAUGUUAAUCUUACAACAGACCGUUACUUAAAAUAGCACACAUUCCACUGAAGCCCACUGAAGAUUUGUACCCCUGAGAUUAAAAUAAAAUAAACAUAUUUAUUAGUUUGUUUGCUAGCUUUGCUGAAUGCCCAGCACUACCCUCCUGGAUUUAUCAUUCUUUUAAAUAUGAACUUUUUUUUUGUUUCAUUGUUAAGCAUUAAUGUUUAUAAGUCUUUAAAAAAUGAGUUUCUCAUUUGAAUAUGUGGGCAAAGGUUUUAUAUAGAUUUAUAUUAUUCGAGCUCGUGUGUAAGCCUGUGAAAGACCUUUGUCUGUUAGUGUUAUUGUACUGAAGACAGGCGUUAAGGUCACUGGAGAUUAACAAGACCACAAUGUGUUGGAGAACCGGGAAACUUGUGGGUGAGUUUUGGGAGAUUGAAGUGAGGAUGUAUGCUGCAGGUGGUAGAUCACUGCACAUUUUGCCGGGUUAUUUGAAUAUCAGUACUGUUACGUGGUUCAGCUGUCAUCUUAUGAUAUUAGCAUGGCCCUGAUGUGUGCAGUUUCUUCCUGAGUGUUGGUGCGUCUCCGUCGAUUGGGGAAGCAGGCUUUAGGGCUAAAGGCAGGGCCUACAAACACGAGUGCCUCACUACAGAAAUUAUAUCAGAAAUAACAGUCCUAUUAAUACUCCUCCUUCCUGUGUUUUGUGGUAAAAUGUGGAAAUGAGCAGAACGUAAUGCGUUCCGUGCCCUCGUUCCACUCUGGGGUUCUGGUAAAAUCCAGAACAGCAGAAAUCUCGGUCCAAAAUCCAGAUAAACUCAACAACAUGCAUAAUAGAGAUGUAUUUUAUUCCAAAACCGAAAUAUCAGAGGUUCUGGAUUUUGCUGAAAGCUGGACUAAAAUGCAGUUCUGUAGACACAAGUAUGCGUGCAAAUGCACACAGGAGUUUAAGUUUGAAUGUUGUUUGAUUUGUUUGUUUGUCUUGUGGCCUGAGAUGGAGUCACUUUGAUUUUUAAUCAUGCUAUCACAUGUCUUAUUUGUGUGUCUGAGGUAACAGAAUUUGGGGGUGGGCAUCUGCGAAAAAAACUGCCAUCUUUUAACAUAUGUUUUUUUUUAAUGUUCAACUGCAAAAAAUGUCUUUUUUUGUAUUUUUGUUUGUUUUAUUUUUGGGGUUAGGAACAGUUUAGCAUAUUAAAGCAGGAGUCAUUGCCCACAGGCAUAUCAGUAGGAACGUCUGUGCGUGUGCGUGUGCCAUACAGUAUGUGCGUGACGUGCACAGUGCAGUGUGUUCCUCCAUUGUGUCUGACCCACUUUGCCAGCCCGCUCUCCUCCCUGCUUUCGGGCAGUGUUUCGCCAAGGCUGAACCCAAACUGGACCGGCCCGGUGGGACCUGGAACACAUUCGUGUCAGGCUCAACAAGCCAAAAAUCCUCUGAGUUCAUUCCCAGGAUGCAUCUGUGCAGCUUCAGUGGAGUGCCAUUAUCCGUUAGCAGCUUGUUUUUAUUCUUGCGUUAUAAAACCAAAAACAGGACAUUCACUACAGGGAGCGGAAUGCUACGAUGCAGCACGGAGCAUUAUUUUUGCUUAAGGAUACGAAGGAUUUAGGUGUUUAAUGCAGUAAAUUGGAUGUGUGCAUUUAUAUUUGAGGAUAUACAUGUCCGGCUGAUUGAUUAAUAAAGAAAACACAGGGUACAGAUUGAGAAAUUCCCUUUAAUUUUAGGAAAGAGCGUAGCUAUUUGCUGUGGCAGACACACCAUGAGUUUAUGCAAAGUUGUGUGAUGCUCGGGUCACGUGGUAGCAGAUGCAGCUCCUCUGAUCGUAUUUUCGAUCUGCGCUCGCCUGCGGUCGUGCCUGAAGAGACAGGGAUGUGGCCCAUCCGGUCGUCUGACUCGUGACCAAAGUUGACUUCGCUCAUCCAUCCUUAUUUCUGUAAAAUUGUUUUCUAGAAAUGCCUAAAUAUUUUCUCUCAAUGCCAAGAAAGCUGAGGUUUAUUUUUGUACUUCAUUGUUUCACGCUGAUUUGUAGGUCUGUCUUCUACAAAUUAAGGAUUAAAUGGUCCUGCCGCCCGUUCUCACCCUCCAAGGUACUGUUUUUGUUUAAAACAUGUAUUAAUGUCUUUGUCUCAAGCAUGCCCUACAUAUAAUGUAAACAGUAUAUAUAGAAAUGUGAUUACUUUGUACUAAAAAAUGUUCAUAAAGCGUUGUUUAUCUAUCUGGGGGCAUACACAAUAUUUUUAUGUUUAUAUUUUAGCAUGCAGAAAACUGCUAAAUAUACUACAAAUCUGUCAUAUAUUGGAUGUAAUUAGUUUAGAAAAUAUGUUAUAGUAUGUUGUUAUAUUAUUAAAGAAGGAGACACUUGCUGUUCAUCAGCCGGAAGAGGAUUUAUCUGGAUGUCACAGUAGAAGAAGGAGCGUAAUUUUAUUUCAGAUGCUGCUAUGACUAGUUUUGGGCAGAAAAGUUGCAUUUUUGAUCACCUUUUCAGCCAAAGUAGCAAUAAAAAUUUAUACUGUGAAAA